AUGAACGACAGUGCCUGUUUAGUGCAAGAUUGUGAUUUAAUAUCAAAUAAUUCAGAAUCAAUAACAAUCGAUUCAACAGAAUCACGUCACAAAUCAAUUUCUGAUGACGAUAAUGAUGGUGAUGGUGAUGACGGUAAACAACAGACGACCUUGGAUCAAUUUAGUGCAUUAAUAACUAUCAAUCCAAAUAAUGAUGAUCAUAAUCAUGUUAAGGGUGAUGAUGUUGAUGAUGAUCAUCAACUUUCACUGAAUAUCCUCGGGAAAACAUCACGUGUCAGUUUUCCCGAUGACGAUCAUCUGAUCACUGGUUACUUGGAACCCGCCAAUCCAUGGGAGCAAGCGCACGGUGUGACUUUAAAAAGUUUAUUAAAAGCAUACGAAGAAUCCUGUGAAAAACACGGCAGCAUCCCAUUAAAAAAUGUGAUAAGUCAACUAGAAAAAUUAGAUCUAACGUCAAACAACGAGCGACACCCAGAACUAUCCCUAAAAAAUGAAGAAUUAACAAAAGCAACUUCAGAACCUUUGGAAGAAAUAUUCAGGCGGCUGCAAUUCAUCAAAAUAGAUUUAGAAUCUUCGGGAUUAGAUGACGAGAGUGCAGAAACAUUAUUUGACAUAUUCGAGUACUACGAAUCAGCUAAGCACGUUAAUAUUUCUCACAAUGGCAACAUAGGAGCCCGAGGUUGGCUAGCAUGUGGACUGAUGAUCAAAAGGACUUUGUGCUUAGAACAGCUGGACAUACGCGACAUUGUCCUUACCCAACAGCACAUGAAUAUCUUAAAACGUCCAUUACAAUUUGCGGCGCAUCUACAGACACUUAAACUUGAAAAUUGCGGUCUAGCUGGACGCGCUUUUGUAAUUUUGGCCGCUGCAUUAAAAGUAUGUACUGGUUUAAAGGAAUUGCACUUGGCGGAUAAUAAUUUGGCGAAAUGUGACGCUGUUCUUUUGGGAGGAAUGCUUAAAAUUAAUCACCAUUUACAAUUGUUGGAUGUUAGUAAUAAUAAUUUACAAGACGGUGGGGUUAAAGAAAUUUUAAAGGGAUUAAUUGCACAAGCUAUUGAAGAACACAACGAAGCUCGUGGUCUGGGUGUUUUAAUUUUGUGGAACAAUCAUUUUGGGAGAGAUUCUUCGGAUGUUUUUUCUGAUGUAUUGAUGCACUCAAAAACAUUAGAGACAUUAAAUAUCGGACAAAACGCCAUGGGAGAUGAGUUUUUGGAGGUAUGUAAAAACUCAUUGCGACGAAAUCAAACCUUGCUACAACUAGGGGUCCAAUCAACGGGGCUAAUUUCCAAAGGGAUUCUCGCUCUCGCAGAAAUAAUCGAAAUGAACGACACCCUGGAGCGAAUAGACCUGCGGGACAACAAUCUCCAAUUGACUGGCUUAACCUUUUUAUCUCUAGCGUUGAAGAAGAAUACCAGCGUAACUCGGAUUGACCUGGACGAAAAAGCAAUCAGUAAAAUACCGGCAAUGGCCGACCAGUACCUAGAAUUAAUCAACGAAAUUCGCGGCUACUGCGAGCGCAACGAAGAAUUGCACGACAAAGAUUCAAGCACAUCAGAAUCAACAAGCCCGGAGCACAGGAGUAGAGUAUCAAGCGUUAGCUCGCGUAAGAUCUCGUUGACUUGUCAGACACUGCCAGCACGUUCGCCUCCUUUAACGGGUACCACGAGCGAGGUGAUUGCCGUCGGUACCACAAAAACGUCAUCGUCAUUACCAUCGACGUCAACGAUGCAAACGGCGAAACGUACAACCGGUGGACGUUUGCGUUCACCAGCGCCCUCGCCAAUUCCCUCGCCCGUGGCAAGCCCGAUCCCAAGUCCUUCUCGAAAUCGUUUCGUCGUAUCACGUGUCUCUGAAACUUCACUAAGUUCUACUAAUUCAUCCGACUCAUCAUCACCCGUCACCCCACCACCGUCAUUUUCAUCUUCCCCCACUAUUUCCUCCUCCCCCUCAUCAUCAUCAUCAUCAUCAGCCUCCUCCACAUCAACUUGUUUCUUCCCGCCAGAUGGGUCACGUUUUCGCGUUACUAUUGUUACACCUGCCUUAAAGAUUAACGAGACCGAAUUUACCGACUCUGAUGAUUCUGACAGUGUCUUUAUUGACCAACCGUCGGUAAGGCCCGAAAUCAGGCCCCCUAUCGUCGAAAAACCUUUGGAAUUGAAUUUUAAGCCCUCGAAUAUUGAUUCUGCACCUCAAUCUAACUUACCGACAAAAUCUACAUCAUCUUCAGAAGAAAUAAAUAACUUAUCAGAGCUAAGGCUUGAGUCGGUAACAAAAGUACCUGAUUUAUCUGCAGAAGAUUCGGAAUUAAAUAGAACAACAAUUAAAUCUAGCUUUACCACGGAAAUAACGCAGAAUUUUACAACAGACAUAAUAACGCCGACUUUCAAAUCUGAAAUAAUUAUUCCUACCUUAUCAACAGAAUCUAAUCUUAAUUUGUCAGAUGGUACUGACUCUACCUUACCGACAGUCGAAUUUAGGCCAGAUGAAACUUUAAUAAGGCCCAAUGUACUAAAUGAAUUUGUAGAAUCAAAUUCGGUGGAAAUAAACCAAUCUGAAGAAGCUAUAAUGCCUACCCAAUCUAAAGAAACUAUAGUUAGUUUUGGCCAAUCUGAAGAAGCUAUAAUGCCUACCCAAUCUAAAGAAACUAUAGUUAGUUUUGGCCAAUCUGAAGAAGCUAUAAUGCCUACCCAAUCUAAAGAAACUAUAGUUAGUUUUGGCCAAUCUGAAGAAGCUAUAAUGCCUACCCAAUCUAAAGAAACUAUAGUUAGUUUUGGCCAAUCUGAAGAAGCUAUAAUGCCUACCCAAUCUAAAGAAACUAUAGUUAGUUUUGGCCAAUCUGAAGAAGCUAUAAUGCCUACCCAAUCUAAAGAAACUAUAGUUAGUUUUGGCCAAUCUGAAGAAGCUAUAAUGCCUACCCAAUCUAAAGAAACUAUAGUUAGUUUUGGCCAAUCUGAAGAAGCUAUAAUGCCUACCCAAUCUAAAGAAACUAUAGUUAGUUUUGGCCAAUCUGAAGAAGCUAUAAUGCCUACCCAAUCUGAAGAAACUAUAGUAAAUCUUGGCCAAUCUAAAGAAGCUAUAAUGCCUAUCCAAUCUAAAGAAGCUAUAAUCCCCAUCCAAUCUGAAGAAACUAUAGUAAAUCUUGCCCAAUCUGAAGAAAUUAUAAUGCCUACCCAAUCUAAAGAAGCUAUAAUAGCUACCCAAUCUAAUGGAACUAUAGUAAAUCUUGGCCAAUCUGAAGAAACUAUAAUCCCUACCCAAUCUAAAGAAACUAUAAUGGCUGCCAAAACUGAAGAAACUAUUGUAAGUUUUGGCCAAUCUAAAGAAGCUAUAAUGGCUACCGAAUCUAAAGAAGCUGUAAUGCCUACUCAACCUACAGAAACUAUAGUAAAUCCUACCCAAUCUAAAGAAGCUAUAGUAAGGCAUACCGAAUGUAAAGAAUCUAUAGAAACCUUAAGGCCUGAAUCUUCUGAAAAAAGGUUAGAUUCUAAUGGCUUAAGAUUAAGGGAAUUAGAAAUAGAAGAAUCGUCACAUAGUAACGAAAGGCUAAUAGACUUUUCUGAUUCUAAUGAACCUGAAGAUAGUUCUGCAGUACCGACUGAUGGCAAAAACGAUUAUAGUUCUACCUUACCGACUAUCGAAUCAAAAUUAGAUACAAGGCCUGUUACGUUAACUGAACAAAGUAUAGUAGAGUCUAGAGCACAAUCAUCUAACCCUUCAUCGAGUCUCGAUCGUCUUUUGAGCCUUUUUCAAAACCCCGGGAGCCUGUUUACCGCUUCUGCGUUCGAACCUACGGUACAUAAUUAUACUUCGCCGUUUAGUCACGUUUCAAGCAUGAUGGCGCUAGGUGACAAGUUUCAAAAAUUUUUGCGCGAAGGCCUGAUUGAUUCAAAUGAUAAUUGUAAAAAAGAAUCAUCAGAUUGUGCAUUUAAAGGCAGUAAAGUACCUGUUGAGGAUAAUAAUCAUCUUAAAAAUGAUUUAACGUUACCAAUGACGUUAAACGUCACUAAUUGUGAUAACACAAACAUCAGUAUUAAUCAUCCUAAUUUAAUAAAUAAUGAUACUCAUUUAUUAAGUAAUCUAACGUGUGAUAUAAGUGUAAAUAAUUUAUUAGAUGAUAUUACGGUUGAUAAGGACCAUAAUAAUAUAUUAGUUGAUGAUAGUAAUGAUUUAUUACACCCAGAAGUAGAAAUUAUUUAUGAACAUUGUGAAUCUUUUGAUGAUCAUCAAAAUCAAAUUGAAAGCAAUGAUGAGGAAGCUUCUUUUUCACAAAAUUUAUUGAUUGAUAGAUCGGUUGAUAGAUCUGUUGCUCAUCGUAAUAGUCAAGAUUCUGGAAUUGAAGAGACUAAUACUUGCGAAGAUAAUCUGGAUGGUUUUGCUGGGAGUUUGGACUCUGGUAUUGAAUCUGAGUGCUCCUCGGUUUGUGUUAAGACAGAUGAAAUUGUUAAUGAUGAGGCUGAUGAUAUUGCUCGAGAUGGAGGCGUUAAUGAUAAUGAUAAUGAUAAUGAUAAUAAUGAUGAUAGAAGAAGAUUGGAAGAAAUUAAAAAGGCUCUUAACAUUCCUGUUUCUAAUAAUGAUGAUGAUAUUUGUUCAAAUUCAUAG